UCAACAGUUGCAUUUCCGUCGAAGAUGGCAGUACUCACAGACUUUGAUAUUGUUACGAAAUAAUUUUGGAAUGUUUAUUAUGGCAUCGCGAUCGUGUUUGUUAUAGAUUUAAGUAGUAUUUUGAAACUAAUGCGUAUUUGUUAACGUGACAGUUCGGCGACCAAAUCUUUAUGGAUAUCUGUGAUUUGUUGCGUUAUACUUUUGGUGCAUCUUACUUGUUGCAACUGUGUUGUAACCUUCCCACGUGCGCGUUUUAACUACACUUUACUUCUUCCAUUUGUCAAUCUUCGACAAAUAAAUUGUUGACACAAUGGCAGAUACAUUGCACAAAGAUGGAUACGAGAUAUCAAAUUUAGCACUGCGCAGUGGAGGUGCUAAUAUAGGUGGAGAUAGUGAUAUGAAGUUGGAACCAUCUAGUCCUACGGAAAAAUAUACUUUUUCUCGUUGUAGUAGUACUGGAUCUGCGAAUACACCAUCUUCAUCUGCUCAUAAUACUGAGGAUGAAGAUAGCGACAAUAAGAAUUCAACCAUAAGUUAUAAAGAGCGUAGAAGAGAAGCUCAUACUCAGGCAGAACAAAAACGAAGAGAUGCCAUCAAAAAAGGAUAUGAUUCUCUUCAAGAUUUGGUUCCCAACUGUCAACACACUGAAACUUCAGGUUAUAAACUUUCAAAGGCUACUGUACUUCAGAAAUCCAUUGAUUAUAUACAAUUUUUAUUGCUGCAAAAGAAAAAGCAAGAAGAAGAACGUAAUGCAUUGAGAAAAGAAGUUGUUGCUUUACGUAUCAUGCAAGCUAAUUAUGAGCAGAUUGUGAAAGCUCAUCAAACUCAACCAGGACACGCAGAAAUGCGUGUAUCUGAUGAAACAAAAUUUCAAGUGUUUCAGGCAAUUAUGGAUCGUUUAUUUCAAACAUUUAAUAACAUUUCAGUAGCAAAUUUUACAGAAUUAUCUGGAUGUGUGUUUAGUUGGUUGGAGGAACAUUGUAAACCUCAGACUUUACGUGAAGUAGUACUGUCGGUACUGCAGCAGCUUAAUAGCCAACUUAGCUAGUCGAAUUAGUCCAUUUGUAAUUGCACAAUAUUACAUUUAUAAAACCUAUUCGCGGGUACUUAGACCAAUCAUUAAGUAGAGUUACCAGAAAGGAUGGGAGUAUGUGUGUUACAUGCAAUGCGGGAAGCAUAAUGAUUGUACGAGAAAUAUAAAUAGAAGUUUAUUUUAUAUACUAAUAUUAUAGAUAUAGA